AUGGCCGCAGCAGCAGCAGCAGCAGCAACAGGGGCGCAAACAGUUGCUGCUGCAGAUAGCGACAGCAACGUCAAACAGGGGCGCAAACAGUUGCUGCUGCAGAUAGCGACAGCAACGUCAACAGCUGUUGCUUCAGAUAGCGACAGCAACAGCAGCAGCAGCAGCAGCAACAACAGCAGCAGCAGCAGCAGCAGCUUGAUAUCUGAUAUAGAUCUGUCUCCUGCCGCUGCAGCGCCUGAUGACGCAGCAGCAGCAGCAGCAGCAGCAGCAGCAGCAACAGGGGCGCAAACAGUUGCUGCUGCAGAUAGCGACAGCAACGUCAACAGCAGCAGCAGCAGCAACAGCAGCAGCAGCAGCAGCAGCAGCAGCUUGAUAUCUGAUAUAGAUCUGUCUCCUGGUGCACACAACGUGCUGAUGCUGCUGCUGCUGCUGCUGUUUUCUGUUUGGCUGCUGAAUUUGCUGCCCCGAUUAUUUUCUUUGCUGCACAUUCGAAAACACCUCGAGCUGCAGCCGGAGGCUCUGCUGCUGUCUGGUUUUGGGCGUUAUAGAUCUGAGCUGCAGCAGCUGCUGCGUAUACACUUCACGAAGCUGCUGCAGCACAACAAGCCAGCAGCAGCAGCAGCAAUGCCACUUGUAGAGGUUAAGGUGUAUGCAUACGAUGCUCUGCCUCUAAGCCAGGGGGAGAUCAUGGAGAACCAGGAGCAGCAGCAGCAGCUGCAGCAGCAGCAGCAGCAGCAGCAGCAGCAGCAGCAGGAACUGCAGCAGGAGAUGUUGCUGCUUCACCAUACAGAUGCUGCUGCUCAUAGCAGCAGCCACAACAGCUUCUUGCUUCACCAUACAGAUGCUGCUGCUCAUAGCAGCAGCCACAACAGCUUCUUCACUCCUAUUGCUGCUGCAUACAGCAGCAGCAGCAGCAGCAGCAGCAACCGCAGAGAGCGCAGCAACAGCAGCAGCAGCAACAUGCAGCAGCGGGAGGCUUUACUAAGCACCCCUUCUGCGACAGCAGCAGCAGCAGCAGCUGCUGCUGCUGCUGCUGCUGCCACAUCAGCUGCUGCUGCUGCUGCUGCUGCACUUGCUGGGGGGGGGUUCGAGGUCUCUGUUGAUGCUGCAGCAACAGCAGCAGUGAGAGCUUAUUGGGGGGUUAAGCAAAAAGCUAUGGAUGCAUUUCUUAAAGGGAAUAACAACGGCGAUGGAGAGUCUCUUCUUUCUGGCUCUGCUCGUCGCCUAGCUCGGCUGCUGCCAAGCAGCAGCAGCAGCAGCAGCAGCAGCAGCGACAGCAGCAGCAGCAGCAGCAGCCGCCGCAGCAACGCAGCUGCGUUUGCUGCUGACAGCUCGGCUAUGCCGUGGGGCCCCGAUGGUUGCUGCUUGAUGUCUGCGCCGCAGAUAGUCGGUCUUCCCGUUGGUCAUCGUUGCGUCUGUCUGGUCUUCGCCUGUAAGGAGCAGCAGCAGCAGCAGCAGCAGCAGCAGCAACAGCAGCAGCAGCAGCAGCAGCAGCAGCAGUGGAUGUAUGCGCGCUUGCGGGGAGAAGGAGUCGCUAGGCUCGCAGCACCUACAGAGCAAGGGAGAGGCGUCUUGCCAUUUGCUGCUGCUGCGGUGCCGUCCGCUGCCUCCUCCUCCGCCUUCAACGAGCAGCAGAUCUCGUAUGUCAGCAGCAGAAGCAGCAGCAGCAGCAGCAGCAGCAGCAGCAACAGCACCUUUACCUGCUUGUUAUAUAUCUCAUCGGUAUGA